GUCAGCUGUUAUUCUGUACAGUACAACGCACAAGAGCACAGUUCACUCUGCUGUCUUUUACCAUCAAAAAGACGACGUUGGAGACGGACAGGCCAUGUAGUGAGACGUGAGGCACGAAACAUCACCAAAAGUAGCACUCACAUGGAGACCUGAAGAGAGACGGAGCACGUAAAACACGGAGGCAGAGAGAUAGAGAACAGAACUUGGAUGAUCAUGAUUUGAUUUGAACAUAUUUUAUUGUACGUGUAUAAAUAUACGAAGGGAUUGGUUACAAGUUCGAAAUCAUGGAACAGAGCUGAUCAUGCGCCGGAAAAGACAGGGUAGAGGAAAAUGCAGUUGUGUGGCUUCAUGCAUUUUGAGGGCACAGAUACGUAGGCACAAUUUAAUCUUUUAUGGCUCGGGGAAUGCAAUAAGCUGAGAUAUAUAAAGAACACUCUAAAUUACUUCCGCCUCCAGGAGACAACCCUUUCACACGGAACACGACAGUGACUUGGAGGGCAAUAGACUGUGAAAGAGAGAUUUGUCGUGUUAAGUUUCAUUGCUAAAGCUCAAAUAGUGUAGGAGAUCCUUACAAACCACUGUACGUGUUACAGACGGAAGGACCCAAAAUUGAUAUAUUCCUCUUUCGUUGACUAUGGAGUUUACCAACUGUCUGUUUAACCAAGCAGAUGAGGUAAGUCUUCCGGAGUUUUACCAAAAAUACCGGAAGAGCUUACCAAUGCUGGUGGUAGUGGUAGGGGGACACAAUGGAUCGAGCGACUUUGACGAUACCCCGAGUGACACCAUUAUCCGAUACGGCAAAUUCCACGGUGUCAAAAGAGGCCUAGCACAAGAUCCCAAGACUAAAACCAAUUACAUUAGCAUUCCCGUUAAGUCCAAGCAUAAAUUCAACGUCAUCAGAUCACACUGCAGCAAGAAAGCUGAUCGUACUCUGGAUGAAAUUUUGGAUAGUAACCCAUUACCUGUCCUGGUACAGUUCUCAGAGGAUCAGGAAAUUCCCCCGGAGGGGAGGAACCGGGAAGGAAAGCCAUUCCAGUUCCUUAUUACGCAUAUUUAUGAAGAGAUAUUUAUACAAGGAAAUUUUAUCACGGAUGGCAAGAUCACUAAACAUCCGUCAAGUUUUAGCCUUUGUCCACUCAUCACUGUGGCCCCUGUCAAAGGUUUUACUGACCGCACACAGAAGGAGUUCGACAAGUAUCUGAAGAAGCUGGAGACUUACGUCAACAAAAACACGGUUUUCUCCGAAAGCCAAUGCAACUUGGCCAUCAAGGUGCUAAAACCAGAUGCAGAUGAAUUAAAAGAGGUUCUUCAUUCGACGAAAACCGAGGACACGACAAGCCAGCCUCCUCCUCCGCCGCCUGUUAGAGGGAAAUCGCUCAGGGAAUCGGGAAACACCAACGAUGAUGAUGAUGGUGAAGAAUAUGUGUUCAUGGAACAACCAGUGGAGGAUAUCGAUACUUACCAGGUGGCAUCAGACGAAACGCCUAAUUAUGUCAAUGAUAAACUAUGUCAAGUGAAACCACUUUCCUUUACCAAGGAAGACGGUGAUAACUCGGAAGGUGAAUUAUAUGAACCUAUGGAGGAACUGGUUGAAAGUGUAUCAAGUCCAACUGGGGUCCACAAACCAGAGAUUACUACUCCACCUAGACCAGCCGCAAAGACGAAUGUACCUUCACUUCAAAACUCAUCCCAAACCACAAAGGUACCAGCGCCGCUUCCCCGUGAAAAGAAACACUCAGCCUCCAUUUCCAAUGAAGAUUGUCAAAAACCCUCCGUGGAAAAAAGCACAGGUUCGAAGAUUAAGGAAAAGAGCUCUUUUGAUAUUGCAGAAAAAAGUAUACAAGACAUUGUAGAGGUUUUAUCUCUUUUGCGCCUACACAAAUAUGCUGCAAGGUUCAAAGAAGAAAUGGUCGAUGGGGAACUACUAGCAGAGCUUUCUGUUGAAGAUUUGCAAAGCGAGUUUAAAUUUUCAAAACUGGAAGCUAUGCGUUUGUAUAAGUAUAUUGAGAAAGGCCAUAUUCCAAAAUAGUAAACAAGUUUCAAUACGAGGUGUACCUGUUAACCUACAACAAGCAGUGAUGAAACAAGCACUCAGAAAACUGGAUCUUGCACAAUAAAUGUAACAAGUUAAAAAAAGAAAGCAGAUCAAAACUGAUCGAACUUAUCUGUAUGAAUUAAUGUAAAUUGUCAUAACUUUAUAAAGUGAGACGGAGAUAUAUUAUGUGAAUUCUUUUAACUUUUUAUGGCCUAUAUUAAUUGCAUUUCAUUUCAUUUUUUAGAUGAAGCCACUGAGUGAUAUUACAUGUAAUCAAUAAAUAAUCUUGAAAAAUACAAAA